AGCCUCUCUGCUCUCUCUGCCCGGGUAAGGAGGAGGGGGGAGAGGGGGAGUGACUUUCAGGCAGCCGUCCACAGCUCCGGAGUUUUGAGUCCUCAGUGAAAGAUGAGGAGCUGCUCUUUCCUAUCGAGCGAGGAGAAAGAAUUAAACUCCAAAUGUUGGAAAUGCGGGAAAACGACAGUUCAGCAGUGAACUGUGUGUCCGUCUGUGUGAAUUAAACUUUCCUCUAAAGCCGGUCUGCGAGCACCCCGCGGUAAGUAGCCCAUCUUUUACUCUUACUGCUCUCGUUUGGGAAAACUAGUCUUCAAAAAUUUCGCACAAAUUGAUCGAGAAAUACUUGAAAUUCACUUUAAGGGGCGAUAAAUUAGCCAUUUAGUGCCUAACAUGUGUGGUUGUGGGUUAAAUCAGGCUAAUAUCUGUCUACAAAGCAUAAUGGUUGAAUGACAUUUUAAAUAGAGCUGUGGUAUUUGGAGUAACAGUUCAGGAUCCCUAUGUAAACCAACAGAAUGGGUUAAUGUGUUUUUCAAUGUGCAGACUUUGUUUGCUUUUUAAGGUAUUUGACGGUUUAGGGAACUAAGGAAAGACGUUAUAGUUUAAAAAAAUUAGGAUUAAGAUAAGAGAAGAGAAGAAAAGAUAAUAUAAGAUUAUAUAAUUAUUAUAAAUUCCAAAUUACAGCAGCUUAAAUCCAGAUACAAAAAGAGAAAUUAAAGGAUAAAGAAACUUAGAGUUAAAUGCAUCAGACAAAACUAUUGAUGUUUCACUUUAUAUAUCUAAUAACAUAUUGAAUUAUGAAUUGGCAGCCCUCUGUAUUAACCACCCACUCCUUUCCCUGCAGCUGAACACGGUGGAUUUGCUGACACUGGACUCUGCUCACUCCUGACAUCCAGUGUCAGCAGCCAUGAUCAACCCUCAGAUAUACCGCCACUACAACUUCACAGGCAAGCUGGACCACCGGCCCAGUAUUGGCACCAGCGACGGCAAUGUGGACACCAAAACCAUAGUGUUCCUCAUCAUAUGCAGCUUCAUUGUCUUGGAGAACCUCACCGUGCUGGUAGCCAUAUGGAGAAACCACCGUUUCCACAACCGCAUGUACUUCUUUAUUGGCAACCUGGCUUUGUGUGACAUGCUGGCUGGAGUUGCCUACUUGGUCAACCUUCUCCUGUCUGGAGAGAAGACCCUGCAGCUCUCACCUGCUCUCUGGUUUGUCAGAGAGGGGAGUAUGUUUGUAGCGCUUGGUGCCUCUGUUUUCAGUCUCCUUGCUAUUGCUAUAGAAAGACACCUCACUAUGAUUAAAAUGAGGCCUUAUGACGCCAACAAGAACUACAGGGUGUUUCUGCUCAUAGGAACCUGCUGGUUGAUCGCAAUAUCUCUUGGAGCUUUGCCUAUCCUGGGCUGGAACUGCCUGGAUAACCUCCCUGAUUGCUCCACAGUCCUCCCUCUCUACACCAAGAAAUAUGUCGCUUUCUGUAUCAUAGUUUUUAUGCUCUUGCUAUUAGCCAUGUCAGUGCUUUAUGCCCGAAUCUACAUCCUGGUGAAAUCCAGUAGCCAGAAGGUGAAUAAGAACAAAAACUCUGAGCAUGCCAUGUCUCUGCUGCGCACAGUGAUCAUUGUAGUGGGAGUUUUCAUCGCCUGCUGGACGCCCAUCUUUGUGUUGCUCCUGGUGGAUGUGGCAUGUAAGCAGCGCUGCCCCAUCCUCUACAAAGCAGACUGGUUCAUCGCAGUGGCUGUCCUCAACUCAGCCAUGAACCCUGUGAUUUACACCCUGGCCAGCAGAGAGAUGAGGCGGGCCUUCCUGGGUCUGGUGUGUGGUGUUUGCUACAAGGGGAAGACUUCUGGGAACGGCAGUGGGAACAGACAGUCUCUGGAGCCCAGCCGCAGCAGGAGCAAGUCGUGGAGCAGCCAGAACAACCCCAACCAGGGCCAGCAGGGCUCCAGGCAGGCAGAGACUGACACAGCCCACAGAGAGGUCUCUGUGGUGGCAGGAGGGGCUGCUGCUGCUCAGGCUACACUUGAGAAUGACAGGAGAGAGUGAAUAAAGAGGGGAGAUAUCUACAGAGGCUAGGUGAGGUGGGCCUACUGUGUAAGCUCAAACUGUGCAGUGGUCACAGUUGUGACUAAUAAUGGCUGAAGGAUUGCUUGAAUUAUAUAUAGGCUGCAGGUCAGUGGUUUCUCCUUUAUGCUUGAUAAUGGUUUGUCUGCAUCAUCCAUAACCCAGUCUUAUUAAACACCUUAUCUGUACCUGAAUUAGACUGUUUAAUGAAUGAGGCAAAAAUGUAAAUGAGUAUUAUCACAACCCAUCAAUAUGCCUCUCAUACAUAAACAUUUUAUAAUGACAUGAAAGGAUCUAUAGAAUUAUGACAAAAAUGGUAUGCAUGGUAGAAAAAAAGUAGAAAACAGGGCAUGUUAUUUUUAGAAGUUAAAAAAAAUGGAUGUUGCAGGGCAGCAACCGCUUGCAAAUGAAAGAUGCUCUGACAGGACGAGUGUCUUUGUACACAUGUGAGUUCAAAUGAGUGAAUGAAAAAUGAAUGAAGUGCAAUUAUAUUAAAAAAAUGUAAUGAAGAUUGUAGCCAACAAGCAUUGUAAUGACAAACAAUAUGAAUAUUUAUUAUUCUAUGUAAUCAGUAAUUUUGUAUUUACUCAGUUUACUGUGGAGUCACAGAAAGAACCAGAACUGCAUUCAUGCGUAUGUGAUGUAGGAAUCGCUGAAGGGAUGGACAGUCUACUACUUGAAUUUUUUCAAAGUCAAAGUAGCAUGAAGCUCAAAGUGAAUUAUACAUGCUGGUGUCUGAUGCAGGUUGUUGAAUACCUUUUAUUGAUACUAGGGCUCCAUCUACUGGCAAAAAGUGGUUGUAAAUAUCCUCAGUAUGACCACGUAUUUCUACUACAUGCUGCUUGUUAAGUAGAUCUCUUUAAUCCUCAUUUUUAGUACCAUAGUUGAAAUAUGUGCAAGUUUCUGUGUCUAUAUUAUUAUUUCAAAGAGUGUAAAAUUGUGUUUUAGCAUGACAUGAAUGAAGGGGCAUAUAUUGUAGGCAGAGCAUGAGAGCAAGUGCAGCUAAUUAUAGUAUCCAACACAGAAAAGUUAAAAAAAAAAAAAAGUGUGCAAAGAUGACUCACCUCAUUCUCAAUCACCUUGUGUCCAGUAGAGAGCGCCAUUCUGCCUUUAGACAUUUUUCCUAAUGUCUUUGGAAAAGAAGUUAAAGGUUGAUUAAAUCAUAUGACAAAUAAAGGUAUGAAUUAUAAUCAGAGAUAUGGCAAAGUCAUGCUUGUAGUUUUGAUUUUGUAUGUCUGCUUUAAGAGACUUUCACAACCACGACAGAAUAAAGGUGACUGGAUUGCUUCUUCUGAUUGCAGGAAACAUUUCUUCAGCUUUGCCUGUUUUCACGUGAACUACUUUUUCAAGUUCUUUGCACUGCAAAUAUUCAUGGAAAACAAAACCUUAAAUCAUGUUUUAACAACUAUUCUAUAAAUGAACUUGUUAAUUUAAGAGAACGCUUUGAGCAAGCUGUGUCUGCCAUAAUCGUAGAUACAGUGUGUUAUCAUUACAGGAGAGGUAAGAAAACAGAUUCUACACAUUCACAGUUUUAUUGCCAACAGUCAUACAGAAUAAUGAUAAACUCAUACAACCAAAAGAUUAAAUCUGUAAACAUCAUUUGGACUUUCUUUGUUUUUAUUUCUGUUUUUUCUUUUACUGUACCUGUUCCAAAAUAGUGAGUUUCUCUGAGAUCCCCUCCAACAAAGAUUUAUAUUAAGAAUCUGGAAAUGAUACAUUUAUAAUAUAUAAUAGAGAGGGAGGGAGGGAGGGAGGGAGGGAGGGGAGGAGACAGAGAGAGAGAGAAAAAGAGAAAACAGUAGUCUCAAGCAGCAACACGCAGCAGGGCGAAACACAACCUCUAGUGAACAGGCAUGCCCCAUUGAAGAUCAGCUAUUGCACUUUGAAGAGAGAGAAAAAGAGAAACAAAAAUAACAUUUGUACAAAUAAAAGGCACAUUUUCAUCAACAGAAAAAUCUGGGAAAAAAAACGCCAGUCUCCCAGCAUGUUUGGUCAUCUAAUUUUGAAUUUGUUUUGAUAAAGAUUCAAGUGUGGAGUCGUUCUUUCUCAGUUUGAUUUCUUCUGAAUUUUGCACAUUAAUGACUUCAAAUUCGCUCUUCCGAAAUAAUUUUUCUUCAAAGACUUCUUUAUGUUAGCUAAAUCGCUCAUCUUAAAUCGAGCCUUUAUUCCCUCUUCAAAGAUGUUCGAUUUGAUGAAACUAUGUAAUAAAGAAUCGGAUACAGUACAUAUAAAUAUUGGUACCUUCUCAGUGAUUCUUGGUGCACUUUUUCCUCCUCAUGUUUCUAUUUCUCCUUAUGCAUCCUGCUAAAAGAGACACUAGGAAUCAACUGAAACAAAUCUUAAACGUGGAUUAUUUAAAACAGUGUAGAGAUUGUGAGAUGCAUGUACUGUACACUCCCUCUUGCAGCAAAAUACAGGCACGUUAUAUUACAUUGCAUCUGUCUCGUCAAGCUCAUUGAACAUAUGCUGAUUUUGGUUCAAUUGAAGUGGUCCAGUGCAUAUCAAAUACAAUGCCCCAUUCAUUUGGUAUCCAUCAGAGUACUGACAACAGUAAGGAUGAGAGCAUUUUGUUUAAAGUCUGUGUACUAUUUGUAGAAGCUGUGUUGAAUUUUCGAUUCCCACUACGACACACUACAAAAACUAGUGCGUACAACCUAAAUGCAGCAAAGUCUUCUGAUUGUGUGCAGUUAAAUGCAAACUAACUUUAAAAAGGCUGGAAACUCACUUUUGAUAGAUCUGGAUUUUCUCCUGUACUGUAAAGCAAUGCACAACCAGCAUCCCUUCCUGCUCGUAACACAAGAGUAUUUCAGUGUAUGUGACCGACAGGGUUUACAUGCAGUUCGAUGAGGACAUCUAGUGGCAAAAAAGUGGUAUUGCCAUAAGAUAUUGACACUGUGGGGAAAUUAAAUCUCUUCGUUAAACAUCAACAAGUGAAAGUGGUCUAAUAUUAAACAUUCUGUAUUAAGUGGGCUCAGAUUAAACUGUAAAUAACCACUCAUAUCACACUGGUAAUUCAUCUUGGUUCAAAUGACACAGAUGAUCUAACUGAUUUAAUUCUUUGAUUGUGCUCAUUUGUGAUGAUUGAAACGAUAACUUUUUAAAGUCUGUCCAAAAUAAGGCUGAAACAUAUUCAAUGCAUGACUCAAGCCCCUGAAACUAAUCAUCAACUACACACCGAAAAGAAGAAUCCAGAUCAAACCAAUCAGAAAUAAUUACUGGUUGAAAAGCAUAAAUAUUUUUACAGUGUCAGCAUACACAAGCACCUCUUUCAAACGAGGGGUAUCAAGGUCUACGAACAAUGUCCACAAGAACAGUUGAUUUUAAGUCAUGCGACCGCAGUGACACAAGAAAAUACUUCAUUAAAAAAUCUUUAAAGCCAUUGACAGCACUAUGGAGGAUGUCUGUUUGCACCCUGAUACUUGACUACUGCAAAGCAAAACACAUUCAGUUCUAACCCCCCGAAAAAGCAGGUUUCAUAGAGAGUCUAAUUGAGUGAGCUGUCACGCCAUUAGUGAGAUUAAAGGAAAUGUUUCCUAAAGUAAUUUUGUUAUAAACAGCAUUUGUUUUUGUUUCCUCCAUCUCUUCACCAACUCUUCCUGUAGAAAUGUGGUUGUGCUUGACAGACAAAACUAAAAUUUCAGGUUUUUAUUCUAAAAUACUCUUGUUAACACCUCUUUGAGGUCUGAUUUGCACUUCAUCUAAACUACAAGAACAAUUGUCUCUUUUUAUACACCAAAUCAAGAUAUUAUGUCCAAAUACACCUAUGUCUUCUCAAAAAUAUAGCAUUUCAGUCAUCACAACAAAAUAAUAACAGUUCUAUAAAUAUUUUUUUUUAUCUUAAACAAAUCUUGCAUCUUCCAGUGCCUCCAGUAAAGUAACCAUGGGCUAAUUUUUCCCAAAAAAAUCACCAUCAGUGCAUUGAGCCUUUUAGCAUUGAUUCUCCGAGUUUCAUCUUCAAGUUUCAGGAUGGUAGGAAUGACUGUCCAGUGCUUCCCGUCUCCCAUCAGGCAUUGCAAGAAUCACUGUUUCCUUCCAACAGGCUGUAGGAGACACAGUUCACUCCCAGCAGACACAAUGGGCAGAUUGUUAUCACGGUGAUGGCCAAUAAGAUGGCUAAUGCUGUCAAAUAUAUGAUCUUUUGUCCGUACCUUUAAAAAAAAAUAAGGAGAGGGAAAAAGACAGAACAGCUUCAGCAAAGUUGACCAUAAAUCCUUAUCUGCAGAAUCCCCCUAUUUUAACCCACUCUUACCGUGCCCUCAGGGUCCACCAGCAGCAGGUGUUUGGCGAGUCCAUUGUGCAUGCCUGUCAGUACAUAAGAUCCCGGGUUGGUCGUACUUUUACGAACCAGGAAGUCCCCGUCCUCUUUCAGGAGUUUUUCAGCGUCCCGACGGCUCAUUUUGCCAUGGUACCAUAUCUGUCCCUCCAGCUCCUCCUGUGCCCGGAAGGCCAGUGAACGCACGAGAAGAGGGCUAGAGUUGUCCACAGAUGCUGCCUUCUGAAGACCUGAAACCUGCGACUGGACCUGUCCCUGGGAGGGUGGGUGGGACUGCGACUGAAUGGCAUCCUCGAAGGGUUCUGGUACAUGUGAGGGCCGGGCCAGAAUGACAAAUUAGGACAGGAGAUUACCUUGAUUACUUACUUUUUCUGUCCCUCCACUACUAAACGGACUGAUUAUUGCAUUUUCUAUUCACCCAGAGCGUUAAUUCAAGAUCUGAGUUUUGAGGACUAUCACUAAAUCAUUUAACUCAUCUGCUGUUUGAAUUUUUGACCACUAGGGGCGCUAUUGAGCAGUGUUUCCAAAAGGCUUAUGCAACAUGAUGUAUAAAAUACUGUUCAGUAAUGCUAAAAUGAUCUUAAAUUAGCUCAAAUCACAGAUGAAUUGAAGCUUACAGUUUUACCAUCUUUGUGCUGUUACGCAUAUUUUACUCAGUACCUGCAUUUACAUCUUGAAUGAAGAGGAACCAUAAAAACAGCGAGGUAGUCUUUCUUUUUUUACUGUUAUGUACGCUUAUAAUCAUGGAUCAGGGUUGUUAUAAAUCCUUAUAGAUGUAUUUAUGAGGCUUAUAAAUGUGCUUAUGAUGCAUCUACAGGGGUAGAUUCAUGUAGAAUGUUACCAAAACAUCUUGUAUGCAAACAAACAUUUCAAUAUAGUCCAUGAUACUAAACGUAGGGAUGCACCGAUCCGAUAUUUGGUAUCGGAAUAGAUCCUGAUACUGAAGAAAAAUUAUAGAUCGGGUAUCAAGAGGCCCGAUGCAUGGGGGGGCGGUCUGGUAAACACGCUGAGUGCUGAAGUUGUUUCUUUAAAAUAAGAAAGAAGUUCUUAAGUUAAGUGUGAUGCACAAAAGAAUGAUCCCAGUGUUUUCCACACAAUAAGAGAGACCAUUUGUUUGGUAUUCCAGUGCAGCUUUUCUGUAUUGGAAAUCAGAUUGUAUCGGCCGAUACUAAACUGUAAAUAUCUAUAUCAGUAUCAAAAGUGAAAAAAGCCGAUCAGUGCAUCUCUAACUAAAAGGCAAAAUACUCAAGAUUUCAUAGUAUUAGAAUAUAUAUUGUUUUUAUUUAUUUUAACAGUGUUUUAACUGUGUUCUUAAUGCCUGUACAGUGUCCUUGGGUGUCCAGAAAGGCGCUUUUAAAUAAAAUGUAUUAUUAUUAUUAUUAUUAUAUCUUGUGUUAAUUACAGUCUCUGAAUCAUCAUUAAAAGGUAGUGAGAAAGUACGUGAUGGUGUCAUAAUGACAGGUUGGGACAAAUAGAAAAAAUAAGUGAUACUGGGGUAUUAAACGUAUUUACCAAACAGUGAAUAAGAAAAGUUAGCUGUGUAGCGGCUGUGACAGAGAGCACAGCAGAGAAACAUAAACUAAAUCAAGCACCGCCCUGCACAUCUUUAAGCAGAUGUGUACACAUUUACAAUGUCUUUAGAGCUAAACUAUUAUGAAACAUUUAAAAAAUAACGUCCAUCUAAAGCAGAUUCACAGCUUUGCUUCCAAUCACAUUGCUCUGGCAUGUAUCAGAAAUAAACUUCCAUGCUAAAGAUGAACAAUAGCAGCAGUUUGAGGACUAAUGUGGGUGGAAAAUGAUACCUGAGGUCAGAUUUUAAAUUCUGCUCAUGCAUGCUCACAUGUAAUUUGUGUCAUUGAUUCUUCAUUCAAAGUUGCACACGCGCUCACAUAAUUGAUCAUUCAUGGGUCAUAAUUACACAGCUGAGCUUAAACUUGAAAGAAGGAAAUAAUAUACUCUGUGCUCUGGUAUUAACACCAUUCUCCUAUAGUAUUUAUCCUCAUAUGGUGCUUUUACAAUGCCACACUCAUGGAAAAACUGUAUAAUUAAGAGCCCUGCUCCUCUUUAGAUACUUUGCACCACUUUAACAGAUUAAUCUUAUUCAAUCAGAUGAACAGCAGAAACUAACUAGGACUUACUCAUGUCAAACAGGUCCUUCUGUGGGCUCUCUUUGGCUGCAGCUGCCAUACCCUUGGUCACAUUUUCCGCCUCUGCCUGGAGCACUGCGAGCACCUGGGCGUCGAUCUGCUGAGUGUUCACGUACGCUGGCAUCUCUCCCGUUUUUGGUGUUUGACCUUUACUCUCGGGUAGACUGCUUAUGUCAAACGAUCCUACGGCAGAGAAUUUUGGAGCGAAAAUCAGCCACGGUGAAUUUAUCGAACAAAAAUCACCAAAAGUGGUGAGAGGUGUGGUUAUUCUUACCCUGUUGUAUGAAAAUGGGCUUUCUUUCAUUUCCCCAGUUCUCUCCACAGUGCCGCCCCUGGUAAUACGUCUGAUCUACUGAACCUGGACCCACCUGAUCACAUAUGAACACACAGACAUGUGUUACCCAUUGUUUGAAUGUUGUGUUGAAGUUCCUGAUCAUAUUCCGGCAGUACCUGGCAUCCAUCUGGAGCUGCGUUCUGAUUGGUCAGCCGUGCAUCAAUAAACCCUCCUGGCGGUGGCAUCUUUCCAGGGAUGUUGUUAUAAUAAGGAUGUUCAGCUGACUCCUCCUCUUCCUCUGUCCAUGGUAACUCCUCCAUGUUUAAUACCCUGAGGAGAAUCACAGUCAAUAUUAAACCCAAUACUCUUUGAGUGUGUGUGUGUGUGUGUGUGUGUGUGUGUGUGUGUGUGUGUGUGUGUGUGUGUGUGUGUGUUGAGCUUCUGCCAAUCACCUCACCUGUCAUGUGUGGAGGACAGUUUGCUCGAGGGACACUGCAGGUACUGCUGGAAGCGAAGGUCAAAGGCCUGGCCGAUGGUGCUGAUGACGUCCUGGGCUAGGCCGUCAGAGCACUCAAGAAUGUGGCAUGCUGGGAAGAAUCAGAGCCGAAUUAGUGUACUGCAUGUUAGGUUAAGACACUGUAAAGUAAAUUAAAAAGAGUCUAAAUGGAAAAUACCUCUUCUGUUGACAGGAUCCUUUGCUACAUAGGCAACAUAAUCUGUGGUUUCCUUGGAAAAGAGACAAAAACAAAUGUUAGAACUGUUUUUUCGGGGGAGUGUCCUGCACUUUCACCAUUUUGGGAAUGUACGAUAAAAAAAUCACUUCAAUCCUCGGUUCAGAUAUAGAGCGCUCUUUCAUUCUUAUUUACUUUAUUUAAAAACUACGAGGAAACAAGACAGGUACUUGACACAGAUUCUUUUGGUUGGCUGCAAUAAAGCAAUAUCCAGAAAAUGGCUCAGCAAGGACCCACCAACUAUUUCAGAAUGGACAGAGAUCAUAGGGGAGAUUUGACAUUUUCCCUGAGAUAUGCCAGUGCUGAGUUUGAGAGGUAUUGGGAACCCUGGAAAUCUUAUACAAAUUUAAUGAACUGAAAGUGCUUGUCCCGUCCUGUACAGAUGUCACAUUCUUCAAUUUGUGUUGGAUAUGAUGUAGAAAUGAAUGCGCCCCCACGGCCCAGCUUUGGAUUUACAUUUUGGAAACAAACACUUUUGUGAGUUAUUGCCUGUAACGACCCUGUCUGCUACCUUCCUUGUUACUUUCCUUUCGCUGCUUGUUUAAUGAAAAAACAUCUAAUCAUAAAACUAAAACUGUUUUUUUUUUCGGGCUUUUAAAUAUUAAAUUAUUUUAAAGGUGUACUGUGCAAAAAAAGGACAAGCCACAGAGCUACUUACAGGGUCUCCACCUGAUGCAAAGGAGAUGGACUGCAUGUGAUGGUUGGCUAUGAUCUGUCAAAAGCAAAGAUUAUACAGCAUUCAAAGUUAGAAAAUUGUGUUUAAACACAGACACAUACAAAUGCAAAUAAACCGCAGGUACAUGUAGAAUUUCAAUCAGUCUUUUACAAUGUCGCCAUCUGCUGGCCAAACCUUGAGGGACACUUUAGCAGACAGAACUGAACAGUACAACCACUGACCACUGCUGCCACAAAGAGACACUUUCAUUUACUCUGGCUAAAUAUACAGCAGUGAUGUGCAGCUGGAGAGUCAACCAUCUUUGGUAACUCUUCCAACAUCUGGACACACCGUGUGCCCUUGUUUACCGCCUUCUUAUAAUUGUUCUUUCUGAUAAAAUAGUGAUACUGUUUGUAUCUCUUAACAUGAUUACACAUGAGUAAAGCUUGCACACUGACCUGCUUGCCAUCAGGGGUCAUCAGGUUGAGGCUACUGGUGGAGAUAUUCAGGUUGAUGGACAUGCCAGCAAACUGCAGGUUACUCUUCCCCAGGAUACUAGACAGGGCUUUGGAUGGUGGCUGAGAGGAAAAACGCACAUAUAAAAGAUGAAUUGUAAAGUAUACUGAGAGAAGACUGCAGUCCUUUUAUUCAGAGUUGGAUCACACUCUUCUUUUCUGCAAGCCCAGUCACCAACUCCAACAGUAGUACCUUAUCCAAAUUCAAGUUUUGCAACUUAAAGCUCCUGGAAGUAGAAUUUCAGUAUGAGUACUUUUUUUGCUUUUAUUGGAAGAUAGGAGAGUGGAAAGAUGGAAAAGAGAUAGUUGGGAAAGACAUGGGGUCAAGAGUCAUGGUGUGUCAUUUGACCACUGAGCUAAACCAGCCCCUGCAAAGAGGACCUUAAUGCCAACAAACUGCUGCCUAUCAUGUUGACAUACACUGUUUGUCAGAUUUUUUACAUUUUUAGAAGGAACCUGAAAUUGUGACUUGUGUUUUGGCUCCUUUUUCAGAGUUAAGCUAAGAAGAAUUAAACAUUUCUGACUGACACAGGACAGGUUAGUCAAGGUGAUAAGAUGUCUCCUGAGAUCAGAAUACCAUUUUGCUGGGACAGUGCUUGUUGAUGUUUUUUUUUCACUGCAAUUAUGCCUCUACACUGAUGUGGUGGGAGCUUUGUAUCAGUAGACAGUCCUGUUCUGCAGAGAGGACUCUGCCAAAACUGCCAGAAAGGAGACUGUCUUGCUUGUUUGUGCAACAGGUAAGGGGACUUCUACCCCCAGUUGUGUUAAAAUAGCAUGCUGAUGCCCUGAUGCAUGUUCAACAUUUGUCAUAUGAAUUAGCUGUCUGUCACUGUUAACAGAGACUCAAUGAGACUGCAGUUUUGACAUCCACUGACUGACCUUAUAGCUCAACACGAUUCUCUGUGAUCAAAUAUCAUCUCUGAACUGGUCACUUUGUUCAUCUGUCUGUCGCAUCCACUCUUUUACUGACAUAAUUUGGGCUCGAUACGGUGAAGUUCAUUGAUAAUUAAAAAUAUAUAUAUAUCUAGCGCACUCAUUCAAAAAUCUCAUUGCACAUGUCACCAUAGCUUAUAUAUGAUUCAUAGCAGAUGAGAUCAUCCUCGUAUAUCUUCGCCUGUGUUAUGGGAGUGAAAUAGUUGGGGCUGAUUUGGUGUUAUAUACUCUUCCCUGACAUUUGAACAAGCUCUAGAGAGCAGAGUAAUGCCUCAUUUCACACCCAACAUUCAGAAACUGUUUCCUCACACACACACACGAAAUAGACACUCACAAAAACAUGCAGAAAACACACACGCCUUGGUGCGCGCGCACACACACACACACACACACACACACCCUCUCUCUCUCUCUCUAGCUCAGCCUCCUGAUCACAGAUAUUGUGCACUACAUGAGUCACUAAGCCCUGUGUGCGGUGUGCAAUGCAUUGUGGGCUGUAGCUACACCCACACACAUACAGUCCCAUACCUCUUCAUCUCUCUUCUCUCCCACCUCUGCCUCUUUCUUUUAUACCUGCAAUCUCUUUUUUCCUCUCUCUCUUUUUUUUUUUUUUCAUGAAGGAAGAGUGACAGAAAAAAAAUGAACUUAGAGAAACAAAACUAUAAAUAGAACCUGGCAUGGUAAAUGAAGAUCUAAUGCUCUUUUUUUGUGUGUGUGUCUCUCUGUGGGCAUCACUUUCCACGUGAUCACACCAUCCCCCUCCUACUCUGUCCAUCCAUGUACCUUUUUCUUCCGCAGUGCUCCUUUGGUCCCUGGAACGGCCUCACACACCAGGCUGAUGGCUUCCCUGGAGGGAUGAGAAGAGGAGGAAGAGGCCAAGAUGAUGACCACAGACAGGAGCAGAAUCACUGUAGUUUGGCAUGUAGUGAGACUUGACACUUUCCAUGAUAAUGAUACAUAUCUGUUGGUUUUUAUGCACAGUAUUGCUUCCUCUAUGUCAUAAAAUUACUGUCUUAUUUGUUAUUGUGUUUACUCAACCACUUGUGCUUCAAUACGCCUUUUGUCUUUAUUAGCAUGACGAUAAAUCCUGACUUAUCCUUGACUAGAUGAGAGGAAAAGAGCUAUAUAGGUUGUUACACUUCAAAUGAAAUCUACCUAACCACAGGAGACCUGGGUCAGGAUUCACAGUGUAGUGUUAAGUGCUUUUUACGGAGCAUAGGGAAUAUUGCAAAUGCACCAAACCACAACUGUGUCUGAUUUACUAUGAAAUAAAAAACCACAGUGGGCAGUCUACAUCUGUGUUUAGGAUGUGAGGAGAACUAAUAGCAGCUGCCAUCAUAGUGUUGUCAUUUACUUUCAUGCAAAUUAAACAAUAUGUGGAUAAGAAAGCUGCUAAAUAUAGAGUGCAGCUUCAAUCUAUAAGAGUCAGAGACAGGAACAGAAACUUUGGUAUUUCAACGAGGAGAAAAGGCAAAUGUUUUCUUUUUUGUUUUUAAAGAAAUGAAGACACCUAAUAACAGCAACUGUAUGAGACAUUGUUUUCUCUGUGUUUGCUGUUCUCUCCUUAUUAGAUUGUGAAAACCACACGCACACGCACGCACGAGUGUCUGGCACGUGCGUAAGCUCACGCGAGUCUGGACUGACUUUAGGAAGUCAAGCAUAAAAGCGGACAUGACACAAAGCGAUUUACUGUCGGCCUUUGGCUCACUGCACAUUGGUCAAUAAAUUCAAAGACUCGUGAGGAGUCAUAGACAAUUCCAUGAAAACAAAUUCUGAUAACAGGCACCCUAUAACUGUGCUCAGCUAACACAAUUCAAUUCGACCAUGUUUUCCAAAGCUCUGUUUUUACUUUACAUCUCCAACUAUUCUUCUUUUUUUUUGGUUUCACUUUACUUUUUACCCUCCAAAUAAUUCCCUUUUAUUUACCAUUGUAGUCAUUAUUCUGUAUGUGUGAACUCCAUGAGGUUCAAACAGAUGGAAAUAUGUACAGAAUAUGCAUCAUGAAGGAACAUCAAAUAAGACAUAACAAGGCAUUUUCUGAGGAAUUCGUGUCCUCGUUACUGUUCAAAAGCUGAGAUUUGUUAUUCUUAAAAUGUUUCUAUUUGGUCAGGCUAUAUGGCAACAGUGCAGAACAAAACAAAAUAGAAAUAGUCAAAAUUAUUUAAUGAAACUGUCAAUAAAUACGCAGUUUUUCAUUAAAGCAGAAGGUGAAAUAACAACUGAACUGUAUACACAUACCUUGUGAUUUGUGAUCUUGUGGUGAAAUCCAGGGACCUCAUGGACCGGAGGACUUCUAUACAACCCAGAUACUGGGGAGCAAGAACAGAAAGUCUGUGUGAAAUACAUCUCAGUGAGAGUGAAUGUAAAAUCUUCAUGAUUAUCAGAUCAUCUAGGACAUAAAAAAAACAUACUUGACAUAUCUGUCCAUUCAAAUCAAACACACUAAAUAAUGUGAACUGAAGCUCAGAACUGAACUGUAAAUCAAAGUGCAUUCAGGAUUCUUAAAAGGCAUACUGGAAAUACUAAUUCAACCUAACUUUCAUUCAACGAAGACUUGAUCAUCCAAAAGACAGAUCACCGUGUUUCCAGUUACGCAAAUUUACGCAUGAUUCAAAACUAUUGAGUUACAGGGAAAAGUCUACCAUAGAGUGAUUUAAGACUUCAAAAAGUGACCCAUUAAAAGUUUAAUGUGUUGUGUCAGGUUUUAAACAUGUCCAAAUCUGCUGUGAAGUGGGCAUUUUCCCACAUGACCUUUGAGUUUCCUUGGCUUUUUAGGGGGCACUGGAGACAAAGCCAUUUGCAACAUCAGAUACUUAGUUUGUUUUUGAAUGUUCUCCCAAGUGACUUUCCAAAGAAAACACUUUCCUGGUAGUUUGUACACUUAGCUAAAUUUAAAUCCCGGCUAACUAACUACUCUUAAGGUGUAAAAAUGAUCAGAAAAGAGUCAAAAUAUGUGCAAUUUAUUCAAUGCGGCAAAACAAAGGCUCACAGAGUCUGCAGGUUAACAAUGCCUUGUUUGCCAAGUGUGUCUAACACUAACGGGAUAAGCACAACUAGCCUUUGGUCCCCAUUUCAGGUUACUGUCCACAUUUCUUUACUGGUUAUGCACCUCAAUCUUUAUUUUCAAGAUAAAAAUACUGAUAAACCCUACCACGCUACAGAAUUACAUCAGUCUUCUGUGCAUGUUUACAUUCAGGUAGUAGAGCAUUAUAACAGUAGCCAUUAACAGACGCUACAGCCCCAGCCAAAGGCAGCUGAGACACAGAGAUCUGGGGCCUACGAUACCAAAUCAAUCAUUUAUUUUGUCUAGACACAUAUAUAUCUAGCUCUAGUAUUUUGCACUAUAAACUGCGGCUCAUUUUUGAGACACCCUUUCAUAUCAUUCUGAUUUUUACAGUAAUAAGGUAUAAUAUGGCACAAAACCAGUCUACAGUAUAGGCUGCAAAAAGAUAAACAGUGUGGCAGAAUCCCAAAAGUGAAGCCAGAACAGUUGGCACUCCCCCAGCUGACUGUCAUGGGUCAAACUUUAGAGUUAAAAUACAUAUUAUAAGAACUAAUACGAUUUAAAACAUAGUUUUUAACAUGCUGAUUGUCUUCAAUGACAGUAUUUUCACCUUUUAGAGAACUUAAGUUAAAAGUAGUUAUUUGAUCCUUUAAUAUAGGAUAUCCAUAUUAUGUGGGCAUUGAUCUUAAUAAUGUACAGUUAAUGGUAUUGUGUUCAAGCAAAGGAUGUGUCUAGGGCUGAAACGAUUACUCGAGUAACUCGAGUAACUCGAUUAAUAAAAUUCCUCGAGGCAAAUUAUAUGCCUCGAGGAAUCGUUUAAAUCCGGAACCAUGUGCAGCGCACGGUGUUUGACACGGACGGUUAUUUCUGUUGCGCAGAAGCGUGCUCUUUCCGCUCCUUCCGCUGCCGCGCGUUUGGUUCAAUCAUGGAGGGAAACGAGGACAGACAGAAGCUGUGUCCGAAAUGGCAUACUGCCUGCUAUCUACUUACCUACUCAAGCAGUAGCUACUGCCUACUGACUACUCAAAGAUGAUUUGAGUAUGCCGCGGCUGCCCGAGCGUUUACACACAUACAUACUAAAUACCCCAGAAUGCAUUUCGUGCCGGCCGGACGCAGCGCCGGGAAAAUUUAAAUAGUCCUACCACAAGCUACAUAGAACGACUGCAUACCGGACAAAUUAUAUAAAUUCAUUCAAUAAUAAUAUUUUUUCUAGCGAGAAAGUAAGUGUUUACAUCACGAUUAUGAGCCCAGUUGUUUGAAAUAGUGGCUGUUUGUAAAUUUGUCUCGGCGUUUUCGGAGACCGAAGCGUCCACUUGGUCGGUGUUUGCGUCUAUUUACCGUAAACACCGGGCAGCAGCAGCUCCCCCUUCACGUUUCCAAAUUAUUGCGAAGUGUUUUCAUAAUCAACAUCUACACGACACAAACCGGGCGGCAGUGGAUGAAAAAAAUCACACAAACAUCCGUGUAUCCAUGGUGAUAAUGCUAUACACCACCUGCUAGGCGUGUGAUGAGCAGCAGAGGGCUGCAAAAUGACCAACACACAACAACAUGUAAAUAAAAAUGUAACACUUUUAUAUAUUGAAUAAAUGUACAUUUGCUUGUCAAAUUAUGUUAGUAUCCAAGAAUUAUAUUAUUUCAGCCUAUUAAUUAAACAAGUAAAAUUAGAUCCAAAGCCUGGAAAUAGUUGUGACUGGUUUAGUGAAAACUGCAAAGAUCAUUACCAUAGCAAUUAAAAGACCAUCUGCAGACCUUGCCUUCAGUAGUUUCAUGUGAACUACAUGGUAAAAUGUAAAACUUUUGGUUCCUGAUUUAUGCAGUAAAAAUAUUCAUUUGAAAGACCUGGCCUAUUUCAGUUUUGUGUGUUACUGAUGGUUUUUAAUGAGGCAAACGUGAUUCAAUGCAAAGUAUUACAGUGAGAGCAAAACAUUUCUUAUCCGAUUACUCGAUUAAUCGACAGAUUAAUCGAUAGAGUACUCGAUUACUAAAAUAAUCGAUAGCUGCAGCCCUAGAUGUGUCUUUUCUGAGUGGGCAGCUACACCGUUGUGUUACUAUACACAUCAAGUGACGGCCGUCCUCCUAUCCCGCAAAAACCGGUUCAUCACCAGCCACCUACUCACAUUACAACACCUCUGAUUAAUAUUGUACAGACUGAGAACAUUUUGUGCUGAUGAGUUCCUUUCAUUAACAGACUCACAUUCAUAAACUGUCUGAAAACAAAACAGCCAUUCAGACACACAACGUGUCUUUUUUCAAUCCUCGUCAAAGUAAAGAGAAGUGAUCAGGACCAUAACUUUUUGUUUUACGAGACAGCUUUUCUCCAGGGAGCACUGUGCGAGAACUUCUAAACAAACACUAUUUUGUCUACCUGACGUUUGCACACUUUUAAUGAAGCUACUUUUAGCACGGUGAGUUUGGAGAGCACGAUUCAGCGGGGCCAAAGAUAUUUCAAACCGUUCUAAAAAUUGGAGGAGAGCUAUUCUGAGCACAACGUGAGGACAUUUCUCUCUUAUUGUGAACAACAAACAAGUUCAUGAUUCACACUGUAGAGCCGUACUUUAAAUAAAUUAAGGGAAUCAAUGGGAGACCAGCUCUAAAGAUCUAACAAGAACACAACUGAUUGUUCAGAAUUAUUCAGACUUGAUAAAGUUGAGUACCAAAGGUCAAGAUAUUUACAUGUGAAAUGUCUGAACUGUACAGUGUGAUACGGAUUGUGCUUUCAAUAUUUCUAAUGUAAAAAAACAAGUUGACCUCAGGAGCAAUAGUUUGAUUUUGAUAUCAAACAGCUUUUUUCAUCUCCUCAUCAUCUCCUGAAUCCUAUCUGUCACAAAAGCCUGGAUUAAAUUUUUCACAGCCACAUUAAGGACACUUUAUUUUCUUUUACACUUAAAGAAUAAAGACCUAGUUUUACAAGAAUUAAGUCACACAAGAUAAAAAAAAAAAAUCUAUCAUUUAUAAGAAAAAAGUCAUAAAUUGAUUCAAAUUUGUAAUUUAGAAAGAAUAGUUUUAAAUUAACAAGAUUUUAGUUGUGAAUUUUAGAAAAAAAAGUCAAGCUUUAGGAGGAACAUGAAAAUCACAAAUAAAAUCAAUCUCUGUGGUGGUCUAGAUGGUCCCCUAAAUAUCAAUUAACUCUGAUACAGAUGCGUUUAGAAUCAGAAAAAAUACAAUUUUUUUAUAUUUCCAAAGCAUUCAUUCUUUAAGAGACACACAUUAGACAAUUAGAAAAAAAUAACAUUAUUUUUAUACACAAGCUAACUGCACAGGCGUCAAAAUUGACACCAGCUGAAAGUUACAGUGAAGUUUUAAAGGAAUUGAAAUAUUUAGAAUUCCAAUUCCAACUAUGAUUUUGGCGUUCUCGCGGUCAAAGCAACAUAACAGACAACAGUCGAUGUUAAAAUGUGUGCUGUGAUUUUCGAAAACUUUCCAGCUAAACGACCAAUGAGUAAAAGUAUUUCAAGAACUACAUCACCCUGUUUACUUGUUUGACUUGACAAAGCUGUAAGUGUGACUAGUUAACUGUUAACUCCUGUCUAUGAUGCUAAAAUUUUCGACUUCCUUUUAACACUUGCUUUGGAACACAGAUUAUCAUUUUCACUGUAAAUGUAUCUCGGUUCUUAAUACUGGUUAUUAGUCUCAAUACGAACAACCGUAUUGGUAUCAGCCCUCGAAAACCAAUAACAGUCAACCCUUGAACUGCAUUUUAAUGAGGUUUGUUGUUUUUUUUUUUUUUAAGAAUAUAACGAUCUAAAAAAACAUCUGCAGCAAAGCAGACUGUUUACUUUAAAAACAUUAUAUCAUCACAGUUUUUGUAUUCUAGACAUUACUACGAGUUGAUUUUAACAUGCAUGGACUCUAUUACAACAUACUAACUAAUGAAAGAUGGAUGGUGAUAAUGAUACUUAAAUAUUCAACAGAUCACAUGACCAUAUGAACAAGGCUCUUAGUGAUGAUUCCACAAAUAAUAAUUAAACAGCUUCAUUGUCGUGUGUUUCAGAUGAUUUCAGCUCUUUUCAGAGGACAGAAUGUGUUUUGAACACACAGCUAGCAUUGGCUAAAAGUGUGAGUGAAAACACUGUCACUGUCAAUCAAUGUCCCCUCAGAGUAAUGGUGCGUGAUGUGAGGGGAGUGACCACAUGACGCUAAUUAAAAGUGCUGUGAGCAUAACACCACGAUGAACUCAAUACACACAGGGACUCAAAGCUCAGGCGAAGCAGAGAGCCGGGUGGGGGUAUGAACCAGACACAUUCCCCCCCCCCCCUCACAGUGUGGAUGCUUUCAGCGGCAUUGACCGGACAAAUAAGCGCUCCCGUCCUUAAUGCAGUUAAUGGAGAGUCACGCUGGUCACAGAUACUGUAGGCUUUGUUUAGGAGAGUUGUAUUAAGUGUCAUAUGAUGGCAAUCAAACCGUGUAACUUCAUUUGGAUGGUUUCACUUUGCAGCAGGCUUUCAAACGGACAGUGAAUUUCUCUGUUCACGAGCUGAAUGAAUAAAAAAAGAGGCCAGAAUAAUGGUAGGACUUGCUAAAUGCUGCUGUUGUGAAUGGUUCCUUCCGUUUUUUUUUCCUCAUUCACUUUACACCUUCAAGAGCCGGGGCUCAGCAUCAUCACUCCUCAUGCGAGUGACUCAUUGCCGGCAUGAUGACAUUCACAGCUCUCGUACUUGUGCGCCAACUUGUGCUCCUUUAAAUGAUGUAUGAUGGCUGAGCAACACGAACGUGAGAUGUGAUGAUGCAAACAUUGCCGUGCUGUAUGCCUUUUUUUUUUUCCUCCUUCCUAUUCCACCAUUUCACUAUGUGAGCUCAAAGAGAUGCACAAUGUACAGAAAUAACACAUCACCAUGGUUACAAAAGCAUAACGCUGCAGCUCCACAUACACAACACAGAGGGGAUAUUAAAAUGUUUACAGCAUGUGCAAAACGACACGCAGAGUAGCCUUUUUUUUUUUUUGUUUCCACAUCACUGUUUUUCCCUCUAAUGUUGACCGUCUCGAUUUCUUGAAUUAUUCAAUGUCUGUUUUCUGGUCGCUGCUCCUUCACUCAGCCUCCCAACCUACAUCCGCCCACUCAAGGGCAUGUUGUGAUGUACCAAUGAAACUACAUUAUCUCUCUCCGUGCAGGCAGCUAAGCUUGAGUCAUUGAAAGAAAAGAGAGGAUGUGUAAAUAAAAAAAUAAAGAAAAUGAGACAAGAGAGCACCAACCUUCACAAUGUAUGUCACUCCUGGUCCAGAGAUCUUCUCGCUCGAGUGUAGCCACCCUCUGGAGGGUUUGCUCACCAGUCCACCACCUCCACCUGGGUUCCAGUCCUCUCUGCCACCCUGGUGCUCCUCCAGCCUGCUCUUCUUGCUCAUGCUGACAGCCGGCUCCAGCUGCGAGCAGGGGGUUGAAUGGGAGCUGCACAGAGAGCCGCCCACACCAGAGGCUGCUGCUACUGUAGCCGCUGCACUGGGGCUCGGGCCACUGGAGCCGCCUGAGCCCGAUCCCCCACCCACCUGCAGCUUAGACACAGCCAGGUCCUUGACAGCCGAGGGCAGACCUUUAAUACCCAGGAGGCUGCCCGAGUUGCUGAAUUUCAGGUUGGACACCUUGUUGAUGAGGGUGCAGAGGGUGGUGCCUCCAUCUUCCAGGUGGUCGCCGGCGGUGCUGGAAGAAGCAGUUGUGCUAGCAGAGGAGGGCUGAACCUCAGUCGGGGGUGUGUAGGAUGUCUCGGCUGCAGACUGGGGGUUGGCCGAGACCUUGGGGUUCAUGGACAGGCCGUGGAGAAGCUCAUCGACGGAUGUCACUGACUCAUUCCUGAAGCGGUUGUAUUUGGUACGGUGAAGCAUACCCUUCCCUCUCUUUUGCUCUUCCUUCCCCUCUCUCCGCCGAGUGACACGCGCAGCCUGCCUCGUUCACAAGCGUGCUGGCAGACGUGGCUGAGCCGUGCUGAUUACCCUCUCCUGUAACAUAGCAGCGGCGACACGGGCAGCAAACGCCUUUCAGCAAAUCACAGGCCACCUGACUGUAAUUUUCUCUAUUGAGGUUACAGUGCUGGUUGUGUGGAGCUGCCGCUGUUGCCAAAGUCCAAUGUGCUGUCAAUGAAAUCCAGAGCUGCAAUCCAAUCCGUCAGAGGGAAAUAUACGGACACAAUCCAUGGAAACACAGCACAGAGGCAGAGGAGGCAGGAGGAAGAAGAGGGUGAUGGUGAGAAAAAAAGUCUCUAAAAGGCUGCCAGUGUUGUGGUGCAGCUUGUUUGGUUUCCAGCGGUGAUGGUGAUGCUGCUGCUGCUGCUGAUUUCUAGCCUCAAAAAUCCAAAAAGUAAAAGAAGACAAAAAGGUCUGUGUUGUCGAUGAUACUGCGAGGGAAGAGCAAACACUCUCUGCUGACUGCCUGCCUGCCUGCCUGCCGGCUCCGAGCUAAAGCAUGACUCACUGAUCUGAGAAAACCUUCUCAACAAAAGGCUUGCUGAACACUGCAAAUCACUUCCUGUCGGAGGGAGAGAAAAAAAAAAACCUCCCACUUACAGCACACCAGGACCAAUCAAUUUUUCAAAUUCCCCAGUCUGAUAUUUAUCCUCUGUGGUUCUUCCAAGUCUCAUUUGUUUUUCAGAGAAAAGGAAAUGAAGGACGAGGGGGGAGCUUGAUAAUUUAACUUUGCAACAAAAUCGUCCAUAAUCAUUUCCUGGAAUUCACAUCGGAAAGUGGAUAAGUUGAUAAAAGUUGCGUCAAAUGGAUGCCACAUGCAAUAAACUGAUCACAAGGAUGAUUAAAAAUUAAAAAGUAAUGAUAACAAGCAUCCAUUUAAAAGCUGCAAUGUGAGCGCCUGCAGAAAUCCUCUCUUACCAAACAAUACAAGGCUUUGAUUCAAGAAUUAGCAGAAAACGUUUGAAAAAACGUCAUUGUGUUAAAGACGUAGAGGAUGUCCCUUGAAAUCAUACCAAAUACCAAAGAAAUUUAGCAUAAACUGACAUGUGAAAUGUAAUAAAUGUAUGUUCCAUGUUCAUUAAAAUAACCGCAGAAGGACAGCUCUCAGUUAUUUACCUGUAAAAAACUAAGACUGGUUAAUCCAGUGAUGUCUACGCACAAAAUCGUCAUUAUAAGGCAUUAAAGCAAACACUUAAUGAAGCCUUUUUUCCAUUAAGAUGAGCUGUCUAUCAGAAGCACUAAUGCCCAAACAGUAUUCUGUAACAAUGAAUUAAAAAAAAUGGCGUUAUAUAAUAUGAAACAAAUCUCAGAGCUGGUCUGUAAUAUCCAGCUAAUGGUCCAGCCUUAACUGCACAGACGAUACAACUCAAACAAACGCAACAUGAAUCACAUGCUUCUGAGGCAGAUGAGUCAAUCAAACAAGCAGAAGGACGACAGGAAGAAAAAAGCCCACGAGUCUCCUUAAAACCAGCAGCAAUAAAGCAUCUUUGUCUGCCCGGCAGCGGAAAGCAACAGCCGGACACCAUUCAUGUAAAAAAUGUCCUCAGGAGCGUCUAGCAAAGCCCAAAGACUGACACUCAUUCAUAAGCAGCUUCCGCUCUCACUCU